UCGGAGGAGGACAUUAUCGAAUUCUGGCGCCAGCACUCCACAAGCACUUGGCACAUGUCGAGCACUGCGAGCAUGGGGAAGACCGGUGACCCCAAGGCUUGUGUGGAUACUAGCUUCCGUGUCUUGGGCGUGUCGAACCUGCCCAUAGGUGGCCUCAGUGUCCUACAGGUGCUGACCAAUGGUCAUAGUCAAGCAACAGCGUUCCUGGUUGGUUUAAUGGUGGGCGAUAUGCUGGUAGCGGAUUAUCAGCUAGAUGAUCAAAGCGAAACACCGCUACGUGGACAUCUAUAG